CAUCACCAUCUCCAUUUGACUCCUCCUCUCAACCUCACCCUGUCAUGGAGGAGGACGGCGGGAGCCUCCCCGGAGCUUCGCGUCGUGGGCUCGGCUUCUUUGCACCCGCCGUAACUAUCCGUUCGCAUACGCCGUCUUCAUGGCAGGAUGCUGGCCCAGCACCACGCGAUUGGGCGUUAUGGAAGGAGUGGAACAUCAACCCCGCAGGACACGGAGGGCGGAAGGGUCCACCCGUCUUUGUUCUCGCGGAAAGCAGCUACGACGACCUCGGACGGAGCGUGACCGACGGCUACCAAGUCGACGUCGAGGAAGGCGAGAAGGAGAAAGAUCGGGAGGGCAAGGAGGACGGCGCGUCCGUGGCGGACUGGUACCGCUCUCUUGCCAGCGCUAGCGUUAGUAAGGCGGCAAGUACAGCGAGCGCAAGUCCGAGUCCAGCACCGAUCGAUCACCCAAGACAAUCCGCGACCGCAUCUGCGCCGGCGUCCACACCAUAUUCUGCAACCUCCACAUCCGCUCCACCUUCCUCCAUCUCAUCACCCACCACUGCCCCCAUUCGCGUCCACCGCUCCGAGUGGUUCAUCCGCCGCGCUCUAGUCUCCGCUGCCAAGGAAUCACCUCAGCCACCUCCACCGCCUCCCACGUCCUCCUCAAUCGGUUCAAUGCUCAAAAUUGACACUGCCAAGCCCGCACCACCUCCGAUCCCUCGCUACGCCCUCGGCCCCGAGAAUGUGGGCUUCUCGCGUCUUGCUGCGCUGGGGUGGGGCGGCGGUGGGCUGGGAAGGCCAGAGGGAUGGACGGAGGAGGAUGAGCUGCGCGCUCGCGAACGCGCACGCCUGGGGCGACUGGCAGAGGAUCGGCCGCGUUCCGCGCCACCAGAAGCCAGCGGCAUUGUCGAUCUAACCGGCGACUCGGAUGAGGAAUGGGACGAGGAGGAGGCCAUCAAGCAUGGCCCGGGGCGCACAAUGCCCAUUGCGACUGCGCUCAAGUUCAACCGUCUUGGACUGGGUCGUGUUGCGGCCGACAAGCGCGUGUCACACUCACACGCUGAGAUUGAGCGAGCACGCUUGCGAGGCGCUGGGAACCGGCACGACGGCAAGAGCGAACCUACCAAGAAGGCCAAGGUCAAGUGGGCGGAACGGGACCGGCGCGAUCGGGAGCAUAGGGCGCGUAUCGCCGCUGCCCUGCGGUGACGCGUUGCUGCCCCUCGUUUGGAUGUGGCAUCGCGCUUGAAGACAUCGGGAGAGCCCAUCUACCACAGCGACAAUUCCGCUCCUCGCGGCGGGCACCCAAACACGUCCGCCUCACGAGACAAGGCAAUCAUUAGAUCACGUAAUCCACCAUCUGUUGUAACAUGCAUGACUGCCAGCUUGA